AUGGUAGACCAUAUCCUCGGCCGUCCCUCAACCCGCUUUCGCAAAUAUCAAGUCUUCCUCGUCGUCCUGCUCUGGAGCCUCUACCUCUCCAAAUUCCGCCGACAUGGCCCGCCCGGCGUUCAACGGCUAUCGCGAUGGCUGUCCAGGCGUUUCACCAUGCACCAGGCGCUCGUUGUCUUCUGCGUCUCCCUCUACGUAUCGCGAAACUUUGCAAGAGUGGUGGGAUUGGAAUCGCCGGAGCCGCUAGCGAAUCUGUAUGACCGCAGUUUCUUCCGGGCAACAUGGGUGACAACAGCGCUGGACGCCGGGUUCUGGACGGCCAUGCACCUGCGUCCCGGUUGGCUCAAGCAUACAUGCGAGAUCAUAUUCACUGUGUACUAUCUCGUGUGUGCGGAGCAGGCAGAUGAGCUGUGCAGGAGGGUAAGAGGAGACUUGAGCAUCCAGCAUUUGCGGGUCAGCUGGAACAAGCCAAAUACACCAGUCCUGCGUUUCGUCACAGGCCUUAUGAGACCGAAAUUCAUGAAGUACAAGCCGAGGCGCAUCACGAUCCCAAGGCCAAAAGCGAGCGAUUACACGUUGCCUACCGAAGCAUGGCUUUAUUUUGAUGGGCCGCGAGAAGAGUUGAAGAAUCAGGACAAGAUAGUUCUGGAUAUCCCCGGGGGCGGAUUCGUGGCCAUGGAUCCGCGAUGUCACGACGAUAAGUUGAUGGCAUGGGCUGGGAAGUUGGGGAUCCCGGUUCUUGCGCUGGACUACAAAAAGGCUCCAGAAUAUCCUUAUCCAUACGCUCUGUACGAGUGCUACGACGCCUAUUAUCAGCUGAUAGCGACUCGUGGAACAUGUAUGGGCCUGUCCGGCGAGUGCAUUCCGAGUAUCAUUGUCAGCGGUGAUAGUGCCGGCGGCAAUCUAGCUAUUGGGAUGACGCUGUUGCUUCUGGAUGCCGAAUCUCCACACUCAAAUUGGGACCCCGCAGUCCGCGGGCACCAGACUCUUCCCGCCCCCGAAGCGGUAGUUGGGAUAUAUCCCGCUUUAGAGAUGAAUAUUGGAAAUUGGAUGUCUGACGAGCAACUGGCUUUGCUCAAGAAACCCAAGCAGAGAAGGGAAAACCGGAGAAUCCUCGAGCGUAAGACGGAAGACUACAGACGAUUGACACCAAACACACCUUAUGCCUCAGACGACGAAGAUAACGAAGACAGCGAUAGAGCGGCAAAGCGCCCAGUCCAAGACGUGCCUGACAUCUACGAAACACGCAGACCACGUACUCGCCUUGCAAUGAGUAGCAUGAUCUCCUACUUCAACGACCGCAUCAUAUCGCCCGAGAUGCUGCGUGCAAUGAUCUUGCUUUAUGUUGGAGAACACAACAAGCCUGACUUCGCAACCGAUCACCUACUAUCUCCACUGCGCGCCCCAGAAGCGCUCCUAGCCAAAUUCCCACGCACCUUUCUGAUGUGCGGCGAAAGGGAUCCUCUGGUCGAUGAUACUGCCAUCUUCGCCGGCAGACUCCGACAGGCGCACGGAUUAGAAUUCAAACGCCGUCAAGAACUCGGAUUGGAGCCUGAGGAUGCCGAAUUCGAUGACAAGAAGCAUGUGGAGGUUGUCUUUGUGAAUGGAGUCAGUCACGGCUUCUUACAGUUCGUCAGCGUUUUCCCGAGAGGAUGGGACUAUAUCCAUCACUGCAGCCGCUGGAUGCGGACUGCUUUUGAAGAAAGUGACGCCGCCCAGGAGCCUGCCAGCAGUGUAGCGUCGAAUGGUGGCGUAGGAGCAGAUUACUUCAGCUACACCAAAGCACGGUCGAGGAGACCAUCCGAAGGUUCUGGUGACGAAGGGCCGCUCGAGAUUCCGUCCAAACUACGUAUGACGCAGAUACAGGGAGGUGCUACCAAUGCUACCGCUGCGAAACGGAGGGUGGGCGGAUCUGGCACGGGGAGAAACUCGACAGCGCGAGGAAGGAUCCAGAGGAGUAGCAACAUGUCUGGACGAAAGAGUCCGGCGGAAACGAGGAGUGCUCUCGUAGCUAAGCUGGGGAGCACUGAGGAUCUGUUGGCUAGGAGGAUGAAGGUGGUGACGGACGGGUUGACCGAGAGGCGGGAGGAGUGA